AUGCCUCUCGGAAAUCGACCGCGACUUCCGCGCAUACCCCUUAGCAAGCGAAAUCGGGCUGUCGUGCGGGCUCUUAACCCAAUGCUGGUGACCUAUUUGGAAGCCAGCCGGGAUCUUUGCGAGACGGACUCAAUUCUUUUUGGCGCCGCACUGGCAGUAUGCCGUAUUAUUGGCGCCAAAUUUCCCAUGGAUGGACGUGCUACUCAACAAGGUAGUGCCAUCCCAGCCUGGAGAAAAAGAAUCGAGGACCGUAUCGCAAAGGCAAGGGCCCUUAUCGGUAGACUGACAAGCUUCAGGUCGGGUAAUAAUAGACCGAGAGUUGUGCGCACCGUUAAAAUGGCGUUUGCUGGGACAAAUAUUAGUUUAUCCCAGCCUGAUAUCACGCAGAAACUAACGGAGCGCAUAGAUGACCUGAAGCAAAAAAUCGCUGCUUGGGGGAAGCGGAUUCGACGAUUUAGCGAGAGGUCAAGGCGGUUCAACCAGAAUCGUCUCUUCCAGAGUGAUCAGAAGAGGUUCUAUAAAUCAUUGGAGCGACCAGAGGUAUGUGGAGCGGGCCCAGGACCGGAUCAGGCUGACACUGUCGCAUUUUGGCGUGGCCUGUGA